ACAACCGCUUCGAACAAUACACACCUAUAUUAAGCUUAUAAAACGGCUAAUUACAGAUCGCAAUUGAUAAGAACUAUCCGUUGAUAACAGCCACGGCAAUCAGUACGUAUGGGUUCAAUCAAUAAACAUCACUUGUAUUUGUAAUGUAAUGUGAAUGUGUGAUAGUUUUACGUGAAUAUUUUGUCGUGAAAUGAGCUAAGAUGAUGCUACAAGGGAGAACAGUAUUUCACAAGUUAUGGUACUUCCUCCAAACGUAUAUCCUGACGCUGAAGAGGUUCGACCUGUUCCUCCAGGGUACCCUGCUUAUCGUCAUCCUGCUGGAGAGCAACGUGUACUUGCUGCUGAAGAGGGACGCGGACCAGGGUUACAGUACACCUCUUAUUGAAAGCUGGGUACAAAUCGCAGCAGGUGUCAUAGAAUGCGUAUUGGGAGUUGUUCUGGCGUGGUGGGGGUCUGGUCGACGGCAGUUCGCGCUGACGGGAUGGCUAGGAGCCUCCGCUACAGCUGGAUUACUGGUCUUAGCAUUUCCUUUCGCGUAUUCUAAUCCUGCGAAUGUGGAACUAUGCGGGGGUGAACCGGCCUUUCGAUCCAUAAACCCUAGAGACGAGAACGUGACACCUCGCACCGGGAUUCUGGUACUGACGGCGCUGCUAUGUGCCCUCACGAAGGUCAGCAUCUGGGCGCACGGAUUAACCUACUUAGACGACCAUGACCCGACCAACGGCCCUUACUUCUAUGGUAUUCUCAUAUCGAUUCGUUUGUCACUCGGGUUGAGCGGCACCAACUGGUUCCGCCCGAGCUCAGUACGAGACGACUGGUGGGAGGGCCAGCUCUCCGCGUCGAUGCUGACGAUGAUGUUCGCCAUUCUCUUCACGUUCUUCCCGACCAAGAUGCCACAGUGGCAGGAGGAGGAAGUCACAGUGGAUACAGAUUUCCUGCCGUCCCUGUAUCGAGUGAUCAACAAUAGAAUAGUGGUGAUCCAGUCUGUGGCUCUCUCUCUACUCACUACUGCAAUCUUCUGCUACGUCGAAUACGACCAUGCAUACGUUCAGGCUCGUUUCCACGUCGAGGCUCUCAGACAGGAUCUCAGGACCUCACGAUUUUUGAGCGACUUCUUCAGAUCGCUGGUCGUCAUUUUCUUCAUUAUGAUAUUCAGGGUGAGAUUCUCAGCGCGUCGUCCUGACGGCGUGAAGGCCAACACGGCGGCUCGAGUGGGCGGCGUGGUGGCUGUCUUCGUGGCCAUAUUCUUCGUGGUCCUGGCUUCCCUGGGCUGCGACACGGGCACACUCGCGGGGCUGGACGAGGAAUACGUUCAGCCAGAGUGCAGUCAGCAAUGCGGAUGCAACUCGGCUAGAUACGGGUUCAGCCCGGUCUGUGGGCUGGACACGCUCACGACGUACUUCUCUCCCUGCCACGCAGGCUGCCGGGCCGUGGAAGACCUUAACGGGUUCUCGUUGUACGCGGACUGCACGUGCGGGGCGCAACGCGCGGCUCUCGGGGCCUGCGCCCUUAGCACGUGCUCCGUGCCCUUCAGUAUCUACCAGAUAUUCUACACUAUUAUACUUGCAGUCUCAGGAGCAUCGUUCCUGAUGCAAGGCAUGGUGCUAGUGAGGGCGGUCCGCAGGGUCGAUAAACCGAUCGCGAUUGGAUUCUCUUUCGCUCUGGUGGCGCUCCUGUCCUUUGUCGUCGGAAGACUACUGUACAUGCUCAUCAGUUACCUGACGUGCGCGUAUUCCUCUGGAGGUGUGUGCGUCCUCCACCGGCCCACGCUGUGGGCGAUGUGCGCCACCAGUAGCGCCAUGGCUCUGGGAUCCGCUGUUGUCAGUUUGAUAGCCAGCAAGACUCCGCUAGAGCCGACCACAGAGUUGUGAUAACGUAGAUUAAAAUUAUGAAUAAUCGAUUUUUUGUCAAAUUCCGAUUGAGAAUCGAUAACCCUUUCACAGAAUUUUACUGGUGGUAGGAUCUCUUGUGAGUCCGCAUGGAUAGGUACCACCACCCUGCCUAUUUCUGCCGUGAAGCAAUGCGUUUCGGUUUGAAGGGCGGGGCAGCCGUUGUAAUUAUACUGAGGAUUUAGAGCCCAUAUCUCAAGGUGGGUGGCGGCAUUUACGUUGUAGAUGUCUAUGGACUCCGGUUACCACUUGAAACCAGGUGGGCUGUGCGCUCGACCACUCAUCUAUGCAAUAAAAUUAAAAAAAAAAUCUUUUGAAACGUGACCUUAUUGUACUUAUAGUAAAAUUUUACGAAUUUGCAAGUCAUGAUUAAUGUGCGGUGAUAAAAAGAACGAAGAAAGAACGUGUUGUCAAUAUGGACAUAAUUUGUAGUACUGAAACUCAACUGAAUUAGACUAGAAUAAAUAUCUUAGGUUAUAAUUUGUAUUAUAAUGAAAUAAAGUUUAGUACAUUUUUAAAGGA